AUGUCGCUGAUUUAUGGCCUAAUUCCUCACGCAAUCGCCGUGUCCGGCGAAAAAUGUCCGACCAACAGCGUAGGCUUGCAGUCUGACCGCAACAAUCGAAUGGGUCGUGCAAAGGGAAAACGUGACUUGAAGGUGGCUUCUUAA